GCUAGAGCUCCAAGUGGUCAGGCGGAGGCGGAGCUUGGCGGCUUGGUAGACUUCAGCCGCAGCGUUUCCCCGGCCAGGUAUCUGGCCGCAGCCUCAGGAAACAAGACGGAUCCCUCAACCGUCACAGAAAUGUCUGCUCCAGCUCAGCCACCCACUGAAGGGGCGGAAGGGACUGCUCCAGGAGGGGGUCCCCCAGGCCCUCCUCCUAAUAUGACCAGUAACAGACGACUACAACAAACCCAGGCACAAGUGGAGGAAGUGGUGGACAUCAUGCGUGUGAAUGUGGACAAGGUCCUGAAGAGGGAUGAGAUACUGUCACAGCUGGAUGACCGAGCUGAUGCCUUGCAGGUGGGAGCAUCACAAUUUGAGAGCAGCGCUGCCAAGCUAAAGAGGAAGUAUUGGUGGAAAAACUGCAAGAUGAUGAUCAUGCUGGGAGCUAUCUGUGCCAUCAUCGUGGUAGUUAUUGUAAGUAAGUAUCGCUGAGGUUGCUGGUGGGGUGACGAGGUGGGAAGGUCCUGGAGUCUUCUCCCAGCCCUGCCUGCCUGGGGAGUGGGGCUGCUCUGACUGAGGUAUGGAGAUCGCUACUGUGGGAUCAUCACCUGGUUCGGGAGGGAGGAAGGGCAAAGACAAGGGACUUCCUUGAUGGACAAGCCUUCCCUCUGCAAGAUCCCAUGGGAAGAUGGUCCCUCCUGUUCUGAGGAAGUGGGGCUGUGCUGUUUGUCACUGGCUUGGGUCAGAGGGAGACCACAGGGAUGGGACACCCGCAACUGAAAGGCCUGAAUGUCCAGUAACUUGAUGUAAUUUGCCCUCUUGUUUUCUCCUGUCUCUUUCUCUUUUCCAACUGGGACUUCCUGAUUCCUGUGUCCAGUCUACUUUUUUACUUGAGAAUGUGCCACCCCUUCCCUGUUCUCCAUUGCCAUCGAGACAUCCCUCUCCCUCUGUUUGCUCUCUCAACGAACAUCCCUGUCUACCUUCCCCCACCCUGUCCUGGCUUCUCCAUUGCCCAUUCCUCCAUUUCUGUUGCUUUCAUUUGCACUGGGUCCCUCAACACUAGAAAUGCUGCUCGUGGCACAGUCUCAAAGGAACUCCCUGAAGAGCCAUAGCUGGCACCUCACUACCCCCCUCUUAUUACUCUCAGCUAUCCCCCAAAGCCAAAAAGAGUUGGAGGCCAAAAGAAGAGGAAGGCGUGUAGCCACGGUGACAUGCCCAAGAAGGUGCCAAGAUUGGGGGAGGAGAAGGGUAUGGUGCCCAUGGUGUCACCAGGAAAGGCCAGGCCGCUGGAGGGGGCUGGGAACAGCGGGGAGAAUGGCAGCUCACUCAGGACUGCUCUGGUCACUUGGGGCUGUUCUCCUAGGCCAGGCCUCAGAAGAGCCUGGGGUGGGCCCAAAGUCCACCUUGGUUCUGCGGUAGUACCCUUUCAGAAAGUCAAAUCUGUUUUUGCGGUUAUUUCUGAUCUAUUAGUCUGAGAUUUUUGGUGUCAUCAGGGAUCUUAUGGCCUUUUGCUUUGUUUUCUGGAGACCUACAGAACACACGUUAAUUGCAAAAGGACCGGCUUCAUUCCCAUCUUAGAAGCAGCCCCCUAAGCUUAUAACUACAAGGGGCUGUCUCUCGUCCACAUUUUCUGCAGCAUUCUGUAUUGUUCAUGAGAGCACCAAAUAAUUUCAUAUAGCCAAAGCUGGGGACUCUGAGUUAGUUUUAAUUGUUGGCACAGAUAAAGAGAGAAUGAGUGUUAAUUAUAGAGAGACAAUGAAUCGAGGGCCUAAUUUGAGAAUAGCAAGCUCAGAGGAAGCCACUUGUUGCCUGUUCGUUAGGGAGGGUUCUGCUCCUCCCUGCCCAUUGAUAACGUGUGAGGUGUUAGAAAUGAGGAUCCUUGGGCUCUCGGGGACUCCUUUCCUCUACACCCUUCCCAUGUACUUAGCAAAGACAGGGAUGAAGCAGGAGGUCCUUCCUGAGGCUGGCCGAUUCUGAGUAUUCCGAGAAGUCCAGUAUACCCGCCAACCCGGUCUUGGGUGGGAGGCGGGACCGUCUGUGGACAGGUGCGCAUGUGCACUGCUGUGCUGUCAUGGGACCUCUUAUCUAGAGCCACCUGUCUGUUCUUCCUGCACUGUGUUCCCCUUCUAAAGCACCGGUACCCUUAUGAAUUCCACUUUGCCUCCUUUCCUUUCCUCUCUGCAUGGUUUGUGAGGGCAGACAAUGGAACCUGAGGAUGGGAGGCCAUGGCUGGGCUUUAGGAUAGGGUGUGAAGUGGGACAGACCCAGGUGUGAGGGGAGGAGGGAGGCUGGGAGCAGCUAGGAGGAACACCCAUGACCCCUUAUUCCUCCCAUCCUCUGGCCCACAAGCAGGAAGAGGCUGAGGCCAGGCCGGGCCGGGUCUGGAUGCUCGCUUUCCAUGCAGCAGCAUUUCAUUGCGGAAAACCAUCCUUCCUCUCCCUUUGCCCUUUUCCCACAUUCCCUUCGUCCUGCCCCAGGGCAGGACUGAAGAGCUGGAAGAAAGCAGUCAGUGUACCCUCCCAACGGCCCCCCUCGAAGGUCUCCACUCUCCUUUGGGCUCCUCCUUGCCUAAUGCAGGGGGUCACCGCUGGAGAAGAACCACCACUGUCCUCGAUGUGUCCCGAGCCUGCAGCAAAUUCGCACUCUUGGCCCACCCAGCCCUGUCACAGGAAUUCUUUCCUGGGUUUCUGUCCCUCUGAGGCUCACCAGAUAUAGUUGGCUUUGUUCUUUUGGGGAUGUUUGGCCUUCUACUUUCUUUCUCGCCCCACCCUGUACCCUCUUCUGUGUCUUUGCUGUCCCUCUUCCCUCCCACCACCCAUGUGCAUGAGCAAAUAUGCAACCAAACCCUGGGACUUUGCAGUCAAAUGAAGCCGAGCUUCCCACAUCCCCUUCUUCCUUGGUUUGCCAUGAGGCGAUGUGGGGUUUCCACUGUGUGUCUGUCAUCACCUCUGUCUUUUUUCCUACCCCCAACCUCGUACUUGUAUAGAAUAAUAACCGUUGUACUUCCACCAAAGGCAUGUGGCAUAUUUAUCAACUUCAUGUAUCCUGAACAAAGGCAAAAAAAAUAUAAAUUCCUACCACUAA